GUGCCCGGCCACCCCGCACCGCCCCAACAAGAUGGCGGCGGGGCGGGCGGGGAGGCGCGGCGCCCGCCCCCGCUGAGGGCGCCAAGAUGGCGGCGGUGCGGGAGGGGGACUUCGCCGCCCUGCAGAGCCUGCUGAAGGCGCCGUCGAAGGAGGCCGUGCGGCAGCUGUGCCAGGAGUGCUUCUCCAGCCCGCCCGCCGGGCUCGGCCCGCUGGCGCAGCGCGCCUGCCCCGCCAUCGCCGCCAGCCCCGAGGAGGCCGCGCAGCUGGUGUCCGCCCUGCACAACCUCACCAGGCACGUCGUGUACCGCGGCUUGACAAGGGCAGAAGAUAUCCUCGCUCUCUUUCCAGAAAACUUCCACCAAAACCUGAAAAACCUUUUAACUAAGAUAAUCUUGGAGAAUAUCUCUGCUUGGAGGAAUGAGGCACAAGCAAGUCAGAUCUCCUUGCCUCGGCUGGUCGACAUGGACUGGAGGGUGGACAUCAAGACAUCGUCAGACACAAUCAACAGAAUGGCAGUCCCUACUUGCCUGCUGCAGUUAAAGAUUCAGGAAGAUGCUGCCUUAUGUGGAAAUAGUCCUCUUGUUUCUGCACUGACUGUGGAACUGAGUAAAGAAACGCUGGACACUAUGUUAGAAGGUCUAGGAAGGAUCCGGGACCAACUUUCCGCAGUUGCAAACAAAUGAAUACCCAAGGACGUGAAUUCCAGCAACCAGGAAGGGAAGUAUUCUACACCUACAGCUUUCCUAAGUUGCAGCCUUGCAUAACAUGGUUUAUGUUUUAACCAAACAAAAUUAAGAAUAUUUCUUUUUUUGAGUUAAUAAGAUAGCUUUUGAAAAGCUAACACUUACACAUUCCUUUGGCCUGGUGCCAGAAAGUGUUUUCAUACUGUUGUUGAACAAAAAUUGGUCUUCAUUUUGGAAAAGGAUUUAAGGGCUCAGAGCUUGGUUUAAUCACAAGGGUUGUAACUGGAAAUAGCAAAAUAGCUGCAACCAGUGAAGCAAGUGCUAUCUCCCUGCCCUGAAAUUAGGACCUAAAAGGCUCAAGCUGGUUAAUGGGCUGCCUUCCAGCAUUAGCAGACAAGGAGGGUACUUCCCUCUGGAAUGUGCAUGCACUGAGGUGCAUGCUAGAUGUAGCACUCUCUCCCUUUCAAUGAAGCACAGCCAUGCUGCAGACUGUUAUUACAGGAUAAUGCUUUGAAAUAGGGCAAUUAUGCUACAACACAUUCCCUUCUGAUCAGCUUCAUAGCACCAUUUGCAAAAUGACUAGUCUGUACAUCUUUAGCAGCAAGUAAUUUCCUCCUUCUGUCUGAAAAGAAUAAAGAAGUUCAGAUAAUUCAUGUUUGGGUUUAUUAGACUUUGGGCUUUGCUUUCCCUGCAGAAAAAAACAGACUGGGAAAGUAAAGAAUUUAUGGCCUUCGUCUGUGCUGUAGGAAACCUUUCUAUGGCAAUUGGUGCCUAUAUUUCCCCAAAGUGUUCUGAUAUUUGUUUGUAUAAAUCUCCAUUUAAUUAAAAAGUGAACUGCUAAUUGAUUUUUGGAGUCCUUUUCUGUGUAAAAGAGAUGUUGUUCUGGGUUACUUUGGCCUUUUUGUGACAGUGCCUAGUUUCCAGGCUGAUGUUCACUUUUGUUGCUGAAGAGGGACUCUUUAUUUCCUGUUCAAAUAGAUUCAUCUUUUAAACUGUCUUCUAUCCCAUUUUAGUAACAUCUCAGGGCACCUUUUAGCACGGAUACCAGCUCUGUGCUAGGUACAGGUGAUGACCCUCACGUAAACCUGUACAGUUAUGUACAGUUAUGGGAAGUAAACACAGAGAAUGAAAAAAAAUCAGACUCAUCUCUCUGAUGAUCUUGUAUAAGGCACUGAACUGGAACACUAUAUCCAAAUGCUUUGUGGUGAAGUCCUACCUUUCAUAAAGCAUUGGGUUCUCCUUCAAGACAAAAUAUCUCUUGUGUUUGCAAACAUGAAAUCAAGUGAGAUGUGUACAUAAGCUACAGAGCUUUGUUAAUUAUUUUUAUAUAUCGCCAUGCAGGCUAGAAUACAGAUGUAAAUAAAGCCCCUGCUUUUAAAAGACCGAGGUAAUACAGCUCGUGCAUCAAGCUGUAUAACAGGCCCUGUGUUAGGUCCACUCAGUGAAGAUAACAUUUGCACUGUCAAGAUAACCCAGUAAACUUCCUAUUUAACAGGGAAAUCCAAAGGGAGAAGACAGAUACUCAAGAAUCUGUUCCACAAGUUUCACGCUAUGGAUCAUGUUUGUAACUGACUGCUCAAUCUGAGGAAGUUUUGUUGCUUUCCAGUCUAGCCUUAAAAAUCUCAAAUGUAUCAUACUAUUUAUUUCAGAAGGUAGGAACAACUGAAGAGGUGAAGAAUGAGAUGAAGCACUCAUAAUAUUAGAGGAGCAGAGGAAAACUUUGAGGUAAAUCUUGAAGUUAAAGCCAAAAUGUUGUAAGGACUAAUGAAAUGAAGAACUGAUAGGUGCAGUCCUCAUACAAACCCAAUACAGAACUACAGAGUAACUGUGAAGAAAAGUCUUAGAACUGAAGAGGCUGCCCCAGUGUCGGAGUAGCCCUAUCUGCAGGUAGCUAAAAAGUGCUCACAAAGAUUGAAUAAAGGAGGCUCCCCACUGAAUCAGAGGUAUGCCAAACAUCUGAUGACUUCAAGAGGUAUUUCACAAGUCAUUCUGCAAGGAGAUGCCAGUAUUUUCUAGCUCAAGAUGUAGGAGGCUACAAGAGAGCUUGCCUUCCAAUCUUUGCAUGAAGUGUUAGGUGUUUUCUUGUUGGUUCUUAGCACAUUUGCCAAGAAGAGCUGAGACUUACCACUCAGAAAAAGAUGUUUAAAGCAAGAGAGGCUGAGGACUGUCAUUACCCAACCAACAAGAGUACUUCAUUAAAUGUUCCUAAAGUCCUAGUUAUGGAGACUGCUACACAGAUAGAAAAUAGCAUGCCUGCUUUUCCAGGCAAUUAUUUGAUUUUUUCCAUAACAUGAUUGCUCUCUUAAAAUUAGUUUUUUAGCCUCCCUCCACAUACUGCUGGAAAGCUAGCUUAAAUGUGUUCAACAUGAGUUCAUUACCACCUUGUUCCUGUGCCAACACUCCUCUUUAGCUUAGUUCUCUUCCAGCUUUCCCUUUUUCCCUUAUGCUUAGAGAUAGCAGUGAAAUUCCCCUGUACUUGUGACAACUAAGCAGAGUAAGCUCUAUUUUCUGUGCCUUUCAGCAUCGCAGUGGCCGUUCUUUACUUACAGUUUGCAUCUCCCUGGGAUGGGGUCACCACAAUUGUUCAUUUCUGGAGAAGCCGGGUCCAAGGGCGUUAAUAAAGAAUAGAGCUGUCAUAAGUGAAUCACCUGAGUGAACUCCUCCUCCCAGGAAAACCCAAGCUCUCAUUGUGAAGUGGAGCUCAAAAACUCCAGUAUUAUUUGAUGAGUAGAAAACCACCACCUACACAUACACUGUUUGUCAAGUGAAAACUCAGUUACACCAAGCAAAGUAAAAAUGAGUUAUCUCUAAGUAAAUUUCUCUUAAUGAGAAAUUUGUUUGUAAAAUACAAGUAUGCACUUUGAAUUUGAAUUGUAAUUCCAUAAUUCAGAGGUUGUGUUGAACCUACCUGUAUCGAAGUGUUGGAAAAGCAUUAAAACAUGAAAUUCUACUUCCA